GGGAGGGGCACAUGAAGGGAGGCUAUAUAAAUGUCUUGGCAGCAGCACAAGGCCCGAGGAGAGCGCCACACACACACCUCCAGCAGAGACAAGAUGAAUGUUCCAGUUCUGUCCUCCAUCCUGCUGCUCAUCUCUACUGCCCAUGCCUUCCAGUACACGGAGCUUGCACAGUACAUUGACAGCCAUCAAGAAGAAUAUGUGGAGGCUCUAAGGGACUGGGUUGCGAUCGAAAGCGACUCCAGCAACGUCUUAAAGAGAGCCGAGCUGCACCGCAUGAUGGACAUGACGGCUCAGAAGCUGAGGCUGAUGGGAGGGACUGUGGAGCUGGUGGACAUCGGAGAACAAGAACUUCCGGACGGCCAGAUGUUAGCGUUGCCUAAAGUGGUGACGGCUCAGUUUGGCAAUGACUCAAACAAACUCACAGUGUGUGUCUACGGUCACGUGGACGUCCAGCCAGCGAAGCUAGAGGACGGCUGGGCAACAGAUCCCUACAACCUGACCGACAUCAACGGUAACCUGUAUGGAAGAGGAGCGUCAGACAACAAGGCUCCAGUUUUAGCGUGGAUCCAUGCUGUGGAGGCGUACCAGGCCCUUAACAUGGAGCUGCCAGUCAAUGUGAAGUUUGUCAUCGAGGGCAUGGAGGAGACGGGCUCUAACGGCCUGGACGCCAUGAUCGUGGCCCAGAGAGACACCUUCUUCUCCGACGUGGAUUACAUCAUCAUCUCAGACUGCGGCUGGCUGAGCCGGCGGCCCGCCCUCACCUACGGCACCAGAGGCAACUGCUACUUCUUCGCUGAGGUUGAAGGACCUAAACAGGACUUACAUUCUGGUGUUUAUGGAGGCUCAGUGAUUGAACCAAUGACUGACCUCAUUGGCAUUCUGGACACGCUGAUCAGCCCCAGCGGUACGAUCCUGAUUCCCGGGAUCAGGGAAGCUGUGGCUCCUCUCUCUGAUGAUGAAUGGAAAAUGUAUCAGGACAUCCAAUUUGACAUCGAAAACCACAAGAACAAGACCGGUGUCAACCAGCUCAUGUACAACAAUAAGGUGGACCUGUUGGCCCACAUGUGGCGCUACCCCACUGUCUCCAUCCAUGGCAUCGAGGGGGCCUUCUCAGACCCUGGCACAAAGACGGUCAUCCCUGCUAAGGUUACUGCCAAGUUCUCCAUUCGACAAGUUCCCAACAUGGACCCUGCUAUGGUCAAGAAACAGGUAACGGACUACCUUCACUCAGUGUUUGCCAAGCGGAAGAGUCCCAAUAAGCUGAAAGUCACGAUGGUGAUCGGGGCCAAGCCUUGGCUGGCCGACCCUCAGCAUCCUCUCUACGAGGCCGGGAAGGCUGCUGUGAACAGAGUUUUUAAAACGGAUCCUGACCUGAUCCGCGAGGGCGGGACCAUCCCCAUUGCCAGAACCUUCCAGGAUGUGACGAGGAAAAGCAUCAUCAUGAUGCCCAUCGGAGGCUUCGAUGACGGGAUGCACUCCCAGAAUGAGAAAAUUAGCAGGUACAACUAUAUCGAGGGAACCAAGUUAUUUGUCUCCUUUCUGUAUGAAGUGUCCCAGCUGAAGAAGACCAGCGUGUGAUGGGGCUCUGCUGACACAAGCCUGCUUCACAUUUUCACUGUGACUUCACCUUCCUUCCAUCCACUGUUCUGUGUGCUGCUAAGCUUGAAUUUAUCUGCAUCUGUAAAAUCUAUCUAUCUAUCUAUCUAUCUAUCUAUCUAUCUAUCUAUCUAUCUAUCUAUCUAUCUAUCUAUCUAUCUAUCUAUCUAUCUAUCUAUCUAUCUAUCUCUAUGUAUGUCUGUACUGUAAGUGUGUGUGAUGUAAUAAAAGCUGUACAGGCCCACAAUGCAA